AUGAGUAAAGGCGCGGCGGCGGCGAAAGGCGGUAAGAAGAAGGGUGUGAGCUUCGUGAUUGACUGCUCGAAGCCGGUGGAGGAUAAGAUCAUGGAGAUCGCCUCGCUCGAGAAGUUCCUUCAGGAGAGAAUCAAGGUCGGCGGGAAAGCCGGCGCUCUCGGCGAGUCGGUGACCAUCUCCCGUGAUAAGAACAAGAUCACCGUCACCGCUGAUUCGAACUUCUCCAAAAGGUACCUCAAGUAUUUGACCAAGAAAUACUUGAAGAAGCAUAACGUUAGGGAUUGGCUUCGGGUGAUUGCUGCAAACAAAGAGCGCAAUGUUUAUGAACUACACUACUUCAACAUUGCCGAGCAAGAGGGAGAGGAAGAGGACUAA